ACCGUUUCCAAAACCCAUAGCUCUGAGUCAUUAGCUUAGCUAAUGUGCAAACAUAUCUACUCGUUUUCUGAUUCUCGCAUGCUAGAGUUGGCCGCGCCUUGAGGUUGUCUGCACACAAACACCCCGCAAUGGCACUGAAUGCUUCCUCGCCCCCAGGUGCAUCUCUUAGCGAGACAACACCACUCCUAGGCAACCCACCUCCUGACAAUGAAAGAGACAUUGAACAACAAGCCAGCCAUGGCGAUUCUUUCAAGCACCAAGGCCUGCCAGAAGUCCGAAAACGAAUGAAAUAUAUAUUCCCAGCCUUAGCUAUCGGUGUUUUCCUCUCAGCCGCAGACCAAACCCUCAUAGUAACCACCUAUGGAAUCAUAGGAACAGACCUGCACGCGCUCUCCUCCACCUCCUGGAUCGCAACCGGCUACUUCCUCACGCUCUCGGCCUUCCAGCCUCUCUACGGCAAACUCUGUGACAUCUUCGGACGAAAACAAUGCUUACUCUCUGCUUACCUGAUUUUCGGCAUCGGCUCCGUGGGAUGCGGGCUAGCGCGUAAUAUUGGAGAGCUUAUUGCCGCGCGGGCAUUCGCUGGGGUAGGGGGAGGCGGGAUGAGCGUUUGUACUACUGUGUUGAUGAGCGAUAUUCUCGGGUUGAGGGAGAGGGGGACCUGGCAGGGUUAUCUCAACUUGGUAUAUGCGGUAGGUGCUUCUGCGGGAGCGCCCUUGGGUGGGCUGCUGGCGGAUAGUAUUGGGUGGAGAGCAGCGUUUCUGGCACAGGGUCCCAUGUGUGCUUUGGCUGUGGUGGCUGUGGCGCUGGCACUGGAGCUCCCGGAACGAGACGAGUCGCAUUGGAAAGAGAAGGUUAAGAAGGUUGAUUUUCUGGGGGCGGUGGUAUUGAUUCUGGCGGUUUUCGGACUCCUUGUUGGACUGGAUCGCGGAUCGAAUGUUUCUUGGUCGGACCCGAUUGCCAUUGCUGGACUCUCCAUGACACCGUUUUUCGCUGUGUUUGUUUUGGUGGAGAAGUAUGUGGCGAGUAAUCCAGUUGCGCCUGGUCACAUUAUUCUCAACAGGACGCUUUCUGCGUAUUACUUCUGCAACUUCUUUUCGUUGGGGGGUUGGAUGGCCGCCGUGUUCUACAUACCCCUCUACUGGCAGGUUAUUGGCGACUACGACGCUUCACAUGCUGGGCUACUUCUCGUUCCAUCCAUCAUCUUUAGCGUCACGGGCUCGCUUUUUGGUGGCUUCUACAUGAAGCGAACAGCAAGAUACUACUGGAUCACAGUUUCGGCAUAUACAGCACUCAUGGCUGGUCUCUCGCUCAUUCUUCUCUUCGCCGGGGUGCUGAUAGAAAGUAUCCCACUUAUGGUAGUGGGGACAACCAUAUGCUCUUUCGGUACCGGCAUUGGUGUAACAACCACGCUUAUUGGACUCAUCGCAAACGCAUCACAUGCAGACCAGGCAGUUGCUACGGCAUGCUCUUACCUGUUUCGCUCGCUCGGUUCGGUCUUUGGCAUCUCGCUGUGCGCAACAGCAUUCAAUCAGACCCUGCGCAAGACUCUUCAGAGUGCGCUACAGGGCGAUGACAACGCGGCUGAGAUUGCGGAGCGAGUAAGAGCUGGAUUGUCUUACUACAGAUCUUUAGAUCCUGCUCUGAAGAGCAUUGUACGAGAGUGCUACGGAAAGGCCACGAGAGUGGCACUGGGAGUUGCGAUAGUGCUUGUAGCCGGGAGUGCACUUUUGGCGUGGUUUAUCCAUGAGAAGAGUUUGGAAGAUAACAAGGCUGCAGCACCCGAGGCGGACGAGGCAGAGUAGCAGAUCGGGGUCUUGGCAGUGCAUGGAGAGUUUGGUGUGAAGUGUGGAACGACCCGAUGGUAAGUGUAGUUGUACUAAUAUGUUAUUGGAAGUUGGACGCAGGAUUUCGGACAGAAGCGACCGAUGCAGACUCAUUCUUCACGCUCAUUUGUUCAGCAAAAGAACGUCUCUCUUUUACUAGUAUUGCGGGGAUUUUGAUAUCUCUACAGUUAAUAGAAAAUCGGUACACUUGUCUUGGUUGAUAAGAUGCGGUAUAGCCGUGUAGUAGCUUUGUCUUUGGGCAUCAAUGUGAUUAUGUUCAACAGAG